AUGUCUCUCCAGCCGAUCGUUGUCUACGGCCAUGGCCCGGGCGCCAAUCCCUGGAAGGUGAACUUCGUCCUCGAGGAGCUCAACAUUCCCUACACCUUCAAGAUCCUCGAGUUCGCCGACAUGAAGAAGGAGCCCUACGAAUCCAUCAACCCCAACGGCCGCGUCCCCGCCAUUGAAGACCCCAACACCGGCAUUACGCUGUGGGAAUCCGGUGCGAUCAUCGAGUAUCUAGUCGAAACCUACGACAAGCAAAACACCAUCAGUUUCGCCGCCGGCUCCAAGGAAUACUUCCACGCCAAGCAGUGGCUGCACUUCCAGAUGUCCGGCCAGGGCCCCUACUUUGGUCAGGCCGUGUGGUUCACCCGUUACCACCCGGAGAAGGUCCCCAGCGCCCAGGAGCGCUACAUCAAGGAGAUCCGUCGUGUGUCGGGGGUGCUCAACCGCUGGCUGGCGGACAAGGAGUACCUCGUCGGGGGCAAGUUUAGUUAUGUCGAUUCUGCCUUUAUUACGUGGUUUGAAGUUACCGCGCUGGUUGCCAUCGAUCUCGAGCAGGAGUUCCCUCAUUUGUAUGCCUGGUUGAGCCGUCAGAAGGCCCGCCCGGCCAUUGCGAAGGUGCUGCAGGACAGAGCGGAGGCCGUGGCCGCGGCCCACAAAUAA